GGCAAUGGAUGCAGAAUUGCAAGCUUUGAAAGAGAAUCAGACUUGGAUUCUCACUGAUCUGCCUCAUGGGAAAGACACCGUGGACUGUAAAUAUGUCUACAAAAUAAAAAGGAAUUCAGAUGGCAGUAUAGAGAGAUUGAAGGCCAGAUUGGUUGCUAAGGGGUAUACUCAAUAAGAAGGCAUCGAUUAUCAUGAGACUUUCUCUCCCGUAGCCAAGAUGGUGACUGUGCGAUGUCUUUUAUCAGUUGCUGCUGUUUGUGGUUGGCAUUUGCAUCAAUUCGAUGUAAAUAAUGCUUUCCUACAUGGCGACUUAGAAGAAGAUAUUUACAUGAGAAAACCACCAGGGUACAACAAGGGAACAACUGGACAGGUGUGCAAGCUCCUCAAAAGCUUAUAUGGUUUGAAGCAGGCUAGCAGACAAUGGUAUGCAAAACUGACCUCGUGCUUGUUGGAUUUUGGUUUCUCUCAGUCAAAGGCUGAUUACAGCCUAUUCACCAUGUCCACUAGCACUUCUUUCACUGCCCUUCUUGUUUAUGUCGAUGACAUAAUCCUUGCCAGUAGCUCCAUGAACAACAUCACUGCAGUCAAGGAUUGUUUGUAUGAUAGGUUUAAGAUCAAGGACUUAAGUGCCUUGAGAUUUUUUCUUGGAAUCGAAGUGGCAAGAUCACCUACAGGAAUACACAUCUGCCAACGAAAGUAUGCUCUUGAUAUUCUAGCUGAUUCAGGGAUCUUGGGUUGUAAGCCAGUCAAAAUUCCUAUGGAACAAAAUUCCAGGCUAUGCAAGGAUGAAGGUGAUUGUUUGGAUAAUCCCUCUACAUAUAGAAGACUCAUUGGCAGAUUGCUUUAUCUCACCAUCACCAAGCCUGACAUUAGUUACCCAGUCCAAGUUCUGAGCCAGUUUAUGGAUAAACCUUCCAAAACUCACUUGACAGCUGCUCACAAAGUUUUGAGGUACAUCAAAUCUGCACCUGGACAAGGCUUAUCGUUGUCCGCUUCUUCGAACUUUGAGUUAAUUGCUUAUUGUGAUUCUGAUUGGGCUUCAUGCCCUGAUACUCGUCGGUCAGUUACAGGAUAUUGUGUUCUACUUGGCCAGUCUCUCAUUUCAUGGAAAUCAAAGAAACAGAGCAUAGUAUCUCGGUCUUCUGCAGAGGUAGAAUAUCGUGCCAUGGCUGCCACAGUCUCUGAGCUCACUUGGCUUCGUUUUCUAUUUGCUGAUCUACAUAUCGAACACUCUCAAGUAGCCACUUUUUACUGUGAUAAUCAAGCUGCAAUCCACAUUGCCUCAAACCCAGUUUUCCAUGAACGUACGAAGCACAUUGAGCUGGAUUGUCAUCUCAUCAUAGACAAAAUUUUGGAAGGAUCCAUUGUCACAAUGCAUGUACCUACUCACCUUCAACGAACUGACCUUCUUACAAAGGCACUUCCCUCUUCCCUUCUGCGCUCUCACUUACUCAAGCUGGGAAUUGUCAACCUACAUUCUCCAUCUUGUGGGGGGUAUUACGGGACAUAAAUAUUCCUACCAAUAGAGGCACGACGACUAGUCAUCCAGCUCUCCCAUCACAAGCACAAGAUGAUAGAUAACACAUGCUUUAUUGUAUUCUCCUUUUCUGUUACUAGCAUUUUUUGGCUUUUAGCAUGAGCUGGAUAACACUCUCUCUUUUUCCUUUUCUUUUCAUAGUUAGUUAUACGAUACUAACAGAAUAGAAUAUACAGUAUAUAUA